AUGGACCGCCAACAGUUUCGGGAUGCAGCCCACUCUGCCAUCGAUGACAUCGUCAAUUACUUCGACUCCGUCCCCGAGCGGCGGGUCGUGCCCGCCGUGGAACCGGGCUAUCUUCGCCCUCUCAUCCCCGAAAACCCUCCCACAGAGCCGGAAGAAUGGGCACAGAUCCAGAAAGAUGUCGAUGACAAAAUCAAACCCGGAUUAACACAUUGGCAGUCCCCGAACUUCAUGGCGUACUAUCCGGCCAGCGUGACCUACCCCAGUAUUUUAGGCGAGAUGUACUCGGCCACAUUUACGGCGCCGGCAUUCAACUGGUUGUGCUCGCCGGCCUGUACGGAGAUGGAGACCAUUGUCAUGGACUGGGUUGCCAAGGCUCUUGGAUUGCCCGGGUGCUUCCUCAGCACAUCCGAGAACAAUGGAGGCGGAGUGAUUCAGAACAGUGCAAGCGACGCUAUCGCCACGAUCAUAGUCGCUGCGCGGGAAAGGCGCGUCCGGGAGAUGGUCUUGGCGGAAGGCUUCAAGGAAGGCACCGCAGAAUACGAGGAACGCAAGAUGGAUCUUCAGCCCCGACUCGUUGCAAUUGCGAGUGAUCAAACCCAUAGCAGCGCAGCAAAGGGUGCACUGAUCGCUGGAACGCGCUUCCGGAGUGUAACUGCGCGGUUGGAAGACGAUAUGGGCAUGACGGGUUCGCGCCUACGGGAAGUCCUGGAGAAGUGCGACAAGGACGGCUUGACGCCUUAUCACUUGACGAUGACCUUUGGCACUACCAAUACGUGCGGUUUGGAUCGCUUCGCUGAGAUCAAGGCUGUUCUCCAAGAGAAGCCGGCGUGGCAGCGGAUCUGGGUGCACGUCGACGCUGCCUAUGCGGGUGCCGCGCUUGUGGCCGAUGAGUGGCAGUACAUUGCGAAGGAAUUUGCGGAGGGCGUGGACAGUUUCAAUAUGAACAUGCACAAAUGGCUGCUCGUCAACUUUGAUGCAAGUGUUCUCUUUGUCCGGAAUCGACUGGACCUGACCAAUGCCCUCGACAUUACUCCGACCUACCUGCGCAAUCCCUACUCGGACAUGGGGACUGUGAUCGACUACCGUAACUGGUCGAUCUCCCUCGGACGACGAUUCCGCGCGCUGAAGAUCUGGUUUGUCAUUCGCAGUUACGGCCUGAAUGGUCUGAAGGCCCAUAUCCGGAAGACCAUCGGGUUUGGAAAUAUUUUUGCGGACCUGGUUCGCAGCCGGUCCGACCUGUUUGAGAUUGUCACCAAACCCGCCUUCUGUCUGACCGUUUUCCGAGUCAAGAACCCUCAUGCAUCCGCAAAUGGGGCGGACGGGUCGACGGACGGUGUUGCCGCAUGCACCGCAGACGCGGUCGCCGACGGGCUCUCGAAGAAGGUAUACGAGCUGAUCAACUCAAGGGGGGAGAUCUUCAUCACCUCGACGGUCAUUGCGGGAAUAUAUGUCAUUCGGGUCGUGAGCGCCAAUCCGAUGGCUGAGGAGUCAUACGUCCGGAACGCAUUUGAUAUCGUCGUUCGCACCACGGAGGAGGUGUUGCAGCAGAAAUAG